AUGGGAGGUGAUUCAAAGAAACUUGAUACUCUUUCUACCUCCAAUUGCUUGUCAUUGAGUCUCCUGCCCCAUUCAUUUGAGCACCUGACAUCACUUUCAAUACUCUCAGUAGAUAAUUCGAAAAUUACCAAACUCCCUGAUGGAGUUGGAGAGCUUGUGAAACUCCGAUGCCUGUCAUUGAGGAAUUGUCGCUGGAUACGAGAACUUCUAGAGUCCAUUGGAAAAUUGGGAAGCUCUUUAGAGGAGCUGGAUAUUUCGGGAACAUGCGUUUCAGAAUUGCCAGACUCCUUUGGAAAUUUGUGGAGGUUGAGAGUGUUAAAGAUUGACUAUUGCUUCCUAUUUCCUAGUUUUAUUUGGGGUUUAGAUACCCUUGAAGAAAUACAUGCCUCCUCUUGUAGGAAUUUAGAGGGGGAGAUUCCUGGAGACGUUGGGAAGCUAAUUAAUCUGAGAAUCUUGAGGCUGCAAGAUUCUGCUAUUUCCAGCCUACCUCCUGAAAUCAAGCAUCUUCCCAAGCUGGAGACUCUUGAUCCACUUCGCUGCGACAUGCUUUCUGAGUAG